GAUAUAUCUAGCGUCUGAAUCAGUACAGCAAAAGUUUUCGUUCAUUAUAAUCGUGCAUUAAGUUUUACAUUGUUGGAGGGAAAAAUAAAAAUAAAUUUAAUAUAGGACUUCAAAAUGUUUUACAAACAGAGUAUAUUUUUAUUGUUUAUUGUUAUUUUCUGUGACGAUACUUUGGCUAAAGUAGCUCCCGAUUAUAUAAAGCCAUGCCCUGGUCUAAAGUCAGAAUGUCUGGAGAAGAAUAUUCAGGAGACAAUCCCUGCGUUUGUAAAGGGUAUCGCGUCUAUAGGAAUCAACUCUUCAGACCCUUUGUAUCAGGAUAAAAUAGAAUUGGAGUUGCCAGGAGGCUUAAAAAUUAACUUCAGAGAUGGUGUUAUGACUGGGCUUAAAAAAUGCGUCGUGGAAUCAGCUAGCUAUCAAGAUUUAGAAGCACAACUGUCACUGCGUUGUAAUUUAACGAUAAAAGGAAAAUAUACAGCUAAAGGAAGAGUUCUAAUUGUAACAAUAAAUGGGGAUGGCGAUGCCAAAAUUAAAACUCCUAACAUCCAUUUCGAUUCGAAACUCAUAUUUGAAGAUGUGACGCGAAACGGUGUAGUUUACAGAGUGGUGAAAGAUUACAAAGUAAAAUAUCGCUUUGGCGAUAGAGUAACUUUCGUAUUCACCAACUUAUUCAAAGGAAACAAAGAGCUCAGUGAAACGGUUUUGGCGUUUUUGAAUGAAAAUUGGAAGCAAAUCGUCGAAGAAUUCGGGACGCCCGUCGUUGAAACAAUAAUUCGAUUAACAUUCGAUAAUAUCAAACAGUUCUUCGAGCAUAUUCCAAAAGAUGAACUCAUCGUAGACUAAGUUUUGCUUUUAAUGUUAUAAUUAAGGCUGAUUUCUUAGAGAAUGUCAGACAUGAUUACUUAGAAAGUGUCUAAAUAGCUGUGAUUAAUUAUAUUAAGUAAUUUCCAUAUAGUUGAUAAAUACUUUUGUAAAUAGAAUUUUAUAUGUAUUAAAAUAAAGUUGUGUACAAAAUUG